AUGACUACGAGCAAUGAUGCAACCAAGGUGCACAAACACUGGACAGAAGUUACCAAUUGCCUGACGGAAAUAUGCUUUGAUGGUGCUCUUGAGCAAGCUCAAAAGCUUGAUGAGUUUCAGCAAGAGCACGGUCAACUAAUGGGCCCACUCCACGGUGUUCCAAUCACAGUAAAGGAUCAGUUCAACAUCAAGGGUUUGGACUCGACGUUAGGCUACGUUGCAAAGGCAUUUUCACCAGCCGAGAACGAUGCACCACUUAUAGAAACGUUGAAGAAACUCGGGGCUGUCAUAAUCGCAAAAACGAAUCUUCCCCAGAGCAUCAUGUGGUGCGAAACAGACAAUCCUCUGUGGGGGCUGACGACUCAUCCAGAGGAUCCAAAGCUCACCCCUGGAGGCUCUUCCGGUGGAGAGGCAGCUAUGUUAUCAAUGGGUGCUUCCAUCAUUGGUUGGGGCACAGACAUUGGUGGCUCUAUACGAAUUCCGUGCCACAUGAAUGGUCUUUGGGGUUUGAAGCCGAGUAGUGGCCGGUUAUCUUAUCGUGGCGUUGAAGUGACACUUGACGGGCAACAACACAUUCCAUCAGCCGUAGGGCCCAUGGUGAGAUCUCUGAGUAGUCUCAAACUCGUGACUAAGCUAGCUAUUGAGGCUGAACCUUGGGCGAUAGAUCCCCAGCUGCCGCCGGUCCCAUGGAGAGACGGUAUCUUCCAGGCCACCUCGACGAGACCGCUUGUCAUUGGAGCUAUGCUAGAUGACGGCAUGGUUAAGGUUCACCCACCCAUCGAGCGUGUGUUCAGAGACCUGGUCACAAAGUUGGAAGCUGCUGGCCAUGAGGUUAUAGAAUGGGAUUCGAGCUUGAACUCAAGCAUUAUAGAUAUCAUGGAUGGUUACUAUUCCGCCGACGGAGGUGAAGAUAUCCGAAGCGCUGUCUCAGCAGGCGGUGAACCAUUCAUUCCACAGAUCCAAGCCUUCGUCAACCGCGGCAAGCCAAUCUCAGUCUUUGAGUAUUGGCAACUCAACAAGCGAAAGAUUGCCAUCCAAGAGGCUUACCACGAUAUGUGGGAUAACAAACCAUCACCUACUGGCCGUCCUGUCGAUGUAUUACUAGUCCCCGCCAUGCCUCAUACCGCAGUGCCUCACGGGUCUUGUCGCUGGACAGGGUAUACCAAGAUUUUCAACUUGCUGGAUUACACGGCCUUGACGUUCCCAGCAGGAAAGGCGUCCAUGGAUGGGAACGACGGGGAUUUCUGGGCGCAUGUUCCGCGGAAUGAGAUCGAUGCCUGGAAUCAGCAGUUAUAUCAUCCUGUGGCGAUGGACGGGCGUCAUGUAGGCUUGCAGAUUGUUGGACGAAGGUUCGAAGAGGAGAAGGUGCUCGGGGCGGCUCAGCAGAUUCACAGUUUAUUAUAG